AGGUCAUGGCUUCUGGCUUCUCGGACCUGAGGCUCCAGCGGAGGAAAUGACUGGCAGGGAUCUUGCUCCACGCCUGUUACGGAGACUGAACCUUCACAGGGCACGAACUUGCCCAGCACAGGAACAUCUCUCUCUUUGAAGGGCUUUACAGUUGCCACAAAGACUGUAAAGAUGGCGACUUCAUCUAUCAGACGGCAAAUGAAAAAUAUUGUGAACAAUUACUCGGAAGCUGAAAUAAAAGUGCGGGAAGCCACCUCCAAUGACCCGUGGGGCCCGUCCAGCUCCCUGAUGACCGAGAUCGCCGACCUGACCUACAACGUGGUGGCCUUCUCGGAGAUCAUGAGCAUGGUUUGGAAACGCCUCAACGACCACGGCAAGAACUGGCGGCACGUGUACAAGGCGCUCACACUGCUGGACUACCUCAUCAAGACGGGCUCUGAGCGCGUGGCCCAGCAGUGCCGGGAGAACAUCUUUGCCAUCCAGACGCUGAAGGACUUCCAGUACAUCGACCGAGACGGCAAGGACCAGGGCAUCAACGUGCGUGAGAAGUCCAAGCAGCUGGUGGCCCUCCUCAAGGACGAGGAGCGGCUGAAGGCUGAGAGGGCCCAGGCUCUCAAAACCAAAGAGCGCAUGGCCCAGGUCGCCACGGGCAUGGGCAGCAACCAGAUCACUUUUGGCCGCGGCUCCAGCCAGCCCAACCUCUCCACCAGCUACUCGGAGCAGGAGUACGGCAAGGCCGGGGGGUCGCCAGCUUCCUACCACGGCUCCACUUCCCCGAGGGUGUCCUCCGAGCUGGAGCAGGCCCGGCCGCAGACGAGCGGAGAGGAAGAGCUACAGCUUCAGUUGGCACUUGCCAUGAGCCGAGAAGUAGCUGAGCAGGAAGAACGCCUCAGGCGGGGUGACGACCUCAGAUUACAGAUGGCCCUAGAAGAAAGCCGAAGAGACACGGUUAAGGUUCCAAAAAAGAAGGAGCAUGGCUCCCACCCACAGCAGACCACUCUGUUGGAUUUAAUGGACGCCCUCCCCAGCUCAGGCCCUGCUGCCCAGAAAGCAGAGCCCUGGGGCCGGUCAGCCUCAGCUAACCAGACAAACCCUUGGGGCGGGCCGGCGGCCCCAGCCAGCACUUCAGACCCCUGGCCACCGUUCGGUGCCAAGCCAGCUGCCUCCGUGGACCCGUGGGGCGUGCCCACUGGCAGCAGCACACACUCCGGGCCCAAGGGCUCAGACCCCUGGGCGGCCCCGCAGCAGGCUGCCCCCAGUGCCGGGAAAACAGCGGAUGCCUGGGCCGCAGCCUCGGCCGCCAAGCCCGUCUCGUCCUCUGGGGCCUUUGAUCUCUUCAGUAAUUUGAAUGGUACAAUUAAAGAUGACUUUUCUGAAUUUGACAACCUCCGGACUUCAAAAAAAACAGCUGAGGCCGUGACCUCGCCACCGUCCCAAAACAACGAAACUACAAGCCCCGACCCCUUUGAGUGCCAGCCCCUGACCGCCGCCUCAAGCAAGCCCAGCAGUGCCCGGAAAACACCCGAGUCCUUCCUGGGCCCCAACGCGGCCCUGGUCAACCUGGACUCACUGGUGACCAGGCCAGCCCCGCCGGCCCAGUCCCUCAACCCUUUCUUGGCACCAGGUGCAGCCGCCGCCUCUGCCCCUGUCAACCCCUUCCAGGUGAACCAGCCCCAGCCGCUGACGCUGAACCAGCUGCGGGGGAGCCCAGUCCUGGGGACCAGCACGUCUUUUGGGCCCAGCCCAGGUGUGGAGCCCAUGGCUGUGGCCUCCAUGACCUCCACGGCCCCACACCCGGCCCUGGGGGCCAGUGGUUCCUCCCUGACGCCACUGGGCCCCGCCUCGAUGAACAUGGUGGGCAGCGUGGGCAUCCCCCCCUCGGCAGCUCAGGCCGCCGGCACAACCAACCCUUUCCUUCUCUAGUGCCCGGGCCUGGGACCCACCACAGAGCGAAUGCCCAGAGCCUCUAUGCCUGAGGACGCCGAGCAGGGACUCUCGAUUGUGG